AGCAUGCGCAGAGUGAAGGAGUGGCGGAAGUGAGAGCGGGGCGCGUGCGCAGAGGGAAGGAGUGGCGGAAGUGAAGCGGCGGCGGAGGUGGAGGCGCCAUGGAGGCGCUGGCCGUCACCGCCCAGCUCUGCGGGCCGGAGCUGGAGCGCUACGGGCGCUGCGUGGCCGCCAGCCCCGGGAGCUGGCACCGCGAUUGUCACCAGCUGUCCCUGAGCGUCACCGAGUGCGCCUCCGGCCACCCCCUGGUUCGCCGGAUCCGCCGCGACUGCUCCGAGUCCUUCGGGGCCUUCGAGCGCUGCCUGCGGGAGCGGCCGCGGGGCACGGCGCAGUGCGGGCCCCAGGCCAGCCAGUUCCUGCUGUGCGCCCAGAAUGUCACCCAGAGUGCCACCCCCGGGGGACACCGCCAGUGCCACCCCCAGUGCCAGCCUGGGGACGCCACCAGGGGCACCUCCACAGAGAAUCCCUGGAAUUAAAACCCCUCCAGGAAUGCUGGGAAAGCCUCGGAACCUUCCGGAAUCUCCUCCCAAAUCCUGGGAAUUGCCUCUCUGGAAAAGGAGCCCCAGGAUGUGGGACCUGAUCUGCAAUUCCUUGCGGAUUCCCACGCUUUUAUCCCAAAAAUUGGAGGAAGAAAUAAAAAAUUCCAGCGGGGUCUCCCCAGGAAUCUUCA